AUGUUUUCCCCCCGUCUCGGUCUGCUAUCGGUUUUUCCUUUGAUCCCGCUCGUUUCAACCGUACCCUUCCGGUCGUCCUUUUUGCUUGCUCUGGCUUCUCUUCCUUCGUCCUUUCUCCCUAUCCUUCUUCCUUUUUCUCCCCUUUUCCCUCUCCUUGUCUACGUCUCCUUUUCUCCUUUGCCCACUUUCUCUCAUCUCCUUUUCCUUUUGUCGUUGCAUUCCGCAUACACCUGCAUUCCCUACGUGAACAGUUUUCGGGAGUUGAAAAUUAUUGGAAAGCCGUUCUGCAACCGGACAGCCCAAGUUGAUACCCCUGGUUGUACGUCUAUUUGUGCUGAAACUGAAAAAGUAUGCCCCUCACGUUCCUGGCAAGCCAUUGCGAGUUUUGGAAUUGUACACGAGCGGUCCAUUCAACUUUCGGCCCCCUGUAUAGUACAGCAACAACUAGUUUGAUGACAGUUUUACGAAUGAGCGCUCACUGCCGACAGAUCGCCCGCUCAAGUUACAAGACUCGUGCCUAGUGCUUUCAAGCCAUGCACAACGUCGAUCCCCCAUGGCUACAGAGUCUUGGACUUAACCCUCAUUUAGAGCUGUCCACGGUGAAUUUCCACCUGCUUUGCUUGCGAUCUCCGUCGUCAAUCUAUCAUCAAACUUCAGAGUUGCAGCAAAAACCAUAAUCCCCCGUUUUACUACAAACGAACUUUAGUACAGAACAAGAAGAAAAAAGCUGUCAACCCACGGAAGAACCCAUUCAAGACGUACUUGGAAGAACUAUCCUUCGAUUAGCUCCCUCUUGCUUAUUAUCGAUCCAAGUACCAGUCUGGUCAGUAUGUAUAUUCAAAUUCGUGGAAGUGCAGUAGAAAACACCAAAAAACAUAUGUAAAUCCCAAAAGGGGCGAGUCUGACCUUUGGGUCGGACUCGUUUGUUACAAAAA